GAUCUUUAAAAAUUUCACAAUUUUUUCCUGACUCUACACCAAUCAUUAAUGAAUCUUCGUACGAAAGUGAGGAUGAAAAUAAUAAAAGUGAGGACGAAAAUAAUAAUGAGGGUAUGACUAAACAAGAAAAAAUAAUUUCUGAAGCAAUCGAGUUUGUAAAUGAAGUAAUUCGUAAGGAACAACUCUCAGAUACUGAAAAAGCUUGUUAUACUGCAGUUUUGUAUUUUUUUUGGCUAUUACUUAAUGGCAAAAAAAAAAUUGAAACAUCAGAGGCAGUUGCUGAAGUUACCAGUGGUAGACCGUGGCUUGCAAAAU